AUGGCGGUCAUCCAAGCGGAUGGUGUUGAACAGCAGAAGCUUCUGGGCGAGCAGUCUGCAGCAGAUGAAUCUGAAGAGGACAAGCACUCGAGCAUGCUGCGAAGGCCACGCCCACUGUUUCGGCUAGCGUCGCCGCGACUACGGGGAGCUUUUGGCGAGAGGCACUCUGACUCGACAAAUGCCUCACAUGUCAUAGUUGGGUAUCUCAGUGCGACGGUGCUUGCUCGCUUUGUUUGCAUGUCUAUAUCGUCUGCACUUGGGUUACGUCUCUCCCUUCACCAGCCACCAGACCAAGACCAAGUUGCGUGA